AUGGAUCCAGCAUUGGAGAUGGCGGAUAUGGACAUGUGGGAUGUCUACCAGAGAAUGAACGAAAAGCAGAAACAAGAGGUUCUUUUCAGUCUGAACAUGACCCUGGAAGAGUUUAAAAGAUUUUCAUACACGAAUGCUGCCUACGUGAAUCAACUGACAAAACACCUCCUUCUCUACGUUACUCCCAUCUUGCUGGUCUUUGGAUUGGUUGGCAACUUCCUGUCCUUCUUAGUUCUGACCAGAAAGUCUAUGAGAAUAAUAUCUGCCUACCUCUAUCUCAUCGUCCUCUCCGUUGUCGAUACUGUCGUCCUUUGCAUCGGUUUCAUCAAAUUAUGGAUUCCCGCCAUCAGAACCGACCUUGACAUUCGCCUGAAAUAUGAUUCCAUCUGUCGCCUGACAAACGCGCUUGGAUCGACAGUCAGCGAUUUCAGCGUGUGGCUCAUUGUGGCUGUGACAGUUGAACGCUACGUGGUCGUCUGUCACCCUCUAAAGAGGUCAAACGUCUGCAGAAGGAAGUUUUCUCAAACAUUUCACGCACUCAAAACACUUCGCUCCCAUGGUCUCAGAGGCUUCAAAUUAUUCGACAUCACCGAAUCACUCAUCAUCUCACCCAUCAAAUAUGCAGCUCUCUCCUGGUCUGGUUUCGCUACACAACAUCAACUUCAACAACUACAAUCUCUCAUCAAAAAACUAAUUCGCCUCAACUAUCUACAUGCAUCAUAUCCUGCCGUCACUCAAAUAUUCAACACACUCGAUUCAAGACUGCUCAAGAAAGUAAACAAUAACAACAACAACAACCACGUCACCCAUCUUUUACUACCAACAAUCAAAACUACAACACACAACUUUGUCAAGGCAAGCAUAACUAUCAAGUAG